AUGCCGUUAGUUACAGCAUCUCAACUUAUCAAGUUACAGUCGAAAGAAGAAAAUAUAAGGAAUAUUUGUAUUUUAGCACAUGUCGAUCAUGGAAAAACUACUCUUUCAGACUCUUUAUUAGCUUCCAAUGGAAUUAUUUCUAAUAGGCUUGCAGGUAAAGUAAGAUAUCUUGAUAGUAGAGAGGAUGAACAAGAAAGAGGAAUAACGAUGGAAGCUAGUGGAAUAUCACUAUACUUCAACAUCUUUAGAGAUUUUGUGGAAGGUCAAGAAAAUAACACAAACUCUGAUGAAUAUCUGAUAAAUCUUAUUGAUGCUCCUGGACACGUUGAUUUUACCAGUGAAGUCUCGACAGCAUCGAGACUAUGUGAUGGUGCAUUAAUUCUUGUCGAUGCUGUUGAAGGAGUCUGUACACAGACACAUGCGGUUCUCCGACAAGCAUGGAUCGAAAAUGUUCGACCUAUUUUAGUAUUAAAUAAAAUUGACCGACUUAUAACUGAAUUGAGAUUAACACCUCUUGAAGCAUAUGUUCAUUUAAAUAAAAUUCUGGAACAAGUGAAUGCUGUCAUGGGAACUUUUUUUGCUGGUGAUAUGAUGGAAGAAGAAACUAGAAGGCAUGAAGCUGAAAUGGAAAGACUUUCGCGAGAAGGAAGUGAACAAUCAGUGGAACCAUAUAAUACAUUAGAAUUGUCAUUGGAAGAUCGUGAUGAUUCGAACAUUUAUUUUACUCCAGAUUCGGGAAACGUUGUUUUUGCAAGUGCAAUUGAUGGUUGGGCGUUUAGAGUCGAACAAUUCGCUCAAUUAUAUGCCGCAAAGUUGGGCAUGAAAGAAAAUAAACUACGUAAAGUACUUUGGGGCGAUUAUUAUCUUGAACCAAAAACGAAACGAUUAUUGCAAUAUAAACAUUUGAAAGGUCGUCAAUUGAAACCAUUAUUCGUUCAAUUUGUUUUGGAGAAUAUUUGGGCAGUUUAUGAUUCUGUUGUUAUUAAUAACAAUCGAGAAAAGAUUGAAAAGAUAGUUAAGACACUUAAUUUGAAAAUUUUACCACGAGAUAUGAGAUCGAAGGAUACACAACAGCUUCCAAAUCCCGUAUCCGCGCAACAUGUGCGUCUACGAAGAAUGCUAUAUCCUAAUACAGAAAUGGCGGAAAAACCUGCGAAUGAAAUUGAGAAAGCUUUGUAUAGUUGCGAUUCUAGCGAUUCUGCACCUAUUAUUGCCUAUGUUUCAAAAAUGUUUGCUGUUCCUUCAGAUAUGCUACCAGAGAAUAAGAGAAAACAAUUAACAGCAGAAGAACUGAGGGAAAAAGGAAGGGUUCAAAGAGAAGCUCGUUUACGUGCUUCAAAUGAUCAAUCCGAAGAAACAAUUUCUGAAACAUCAACGAUUUCAUCCUUAAAUCAAACAAAUUUGGUAUCGACAGAAGCCAUUGAAGAAUCUGUUAAAAUGAAAAAUUCCUUUUUAUUGGACGAAAAUGGUGAAGUUGCUCAACCAACACCCGCAAAAGAAACUUUUAUAGGUUUUGCUCGUCUUUAUUCUGGAACUAUCCGAAUUGGUCAAAAAUUAUUUGUUUUAGGACCAAAAUAUAAUCCUGAUUUUCCAGAUAGAUUUUGUUCUGAAGUUACAAUUCAGAGUCUUUAUCUAGUGAUGGGGCGAGAGUUGGAAGCUUUACAGAAAGUACCAGCUGGUAAUGUUUUUGGUAUUGGUGGACUUGAAGGUCAUAUCUUGAAGAAUGGUACUUUAAGUAGUACUAAUAAAUGCAAAAAUCUUGCUGGCGUUGCGAUGGGGUCUUCACCAAUUGUUCGAGUUGCCCUUGAGCCUUUGGAACCAUCCGAAAUAGGAAAGCUAACUGAAGGACUUCGCUUGUUAAAUCAAGCAGAUCCAUGUGUUGAAGUUCUUGUACAGGAAACAGGUGAACAAGUAAUUUUAACGGCCGGUGAAGUACACCUUGAGCGUUGUUUACGAGAUUUAAGAGAACGUUUUGCAAAAAUCGAAAUUCAAGUUUCUUCUCCUAUAGUUCCGUUUAGAGAAACAAUAGUUCCUAUUUCAG